AGGAGGUGGGAGGAGGAGGGGAGGAAGAAGCCCUACGGGACUGAUAGGUGGAGAUUAAGCUUGUUGUGUCAUUGUGGCCCUUCCUUUCACAACAGUUGCAAGCAGGAGCUUUUCCGUCCGACAACAAAAACGACAACGACAGCAGAGAUGAAAGUUUUCCUGAGACCGAAGUAUCGCGGAUAACUAUCUCUUGUGAAAGUUAGCGUUGGUCUUCGCUGUACGUCGCGGCGGCGGUGGAAAAAUUUUCUACAAAACGGAUCUGCAGAUGGGUCAGGGUCUGUGGAGGGUGGUGAGAAACCAGCAGCUGCAGCAGGAGUACAGCGAACAGUGCUACCUGACCCGAGAGCGCAGUCGCAGGAUGGCGGCCGCCGCCUCCUCCGUCGACCCCCUGACCCACCGGCGCCACUGCCAGGGCACCGACAUCUACCAGCUGCUCCGGGCGCGGAGAGGCAAGGAGGAGCGCGGCUUCAUCGACCUGGAGAUGCUCCCGCCAGAGCUCAGCAUCACCAUCCUGUCCUACCUGAAUGCCACCGACCUGUGCCUGGCCUCCUGUGUGUGGCAGGGCCUGGGCAACGACGAGUACCUCUGGCAGGGGCUCUGUAAAUCCACUUGGGGUCACUGCUCCAUAUACAACAGGAGGCUUCCGCCAGGCUUCUCCUACAGGAGGCUCUACAUGCAGCUGGAUGAAGGAAGCCUCACAUUCAACGCCAACCCCCAGGAGGGGAUGGAAUACUUCCUGUCUAAAGGCAUCCUGUGCGACCACGCAGCAGAAGUGGCCAAGUUCGUCUUCUACACGAGAACACUCAACUGGAAGAUGUUGAGGAUUUACCUAGAUGAGAGGAGGGACGUGCUGGACGAGCUGGUCACCCUGCACAAUUUCAGCAACCAGUUCCUGCCCAACGCGCUACGCGAGUUCUUCCGGCACAUCCACGCCCCUGAAGAGCGCGGCGAGUACCUGGAGACUCUCAUCACGAAGUUCUCGCACCGUUUCUGUGCCUGCAACCCCGCACUGAUGCGGGAGCUGGGCCUCAGCCCCGACGCCGUCUACGUCCUGUGCUACUCGCUGAUCCUGCUGUCCAUCGACCUGUCCAGCCCGCACGUGAAGAACAAGAUGUCCAAGCGCGAGUUCAUCCGCAACACGCGGCGCGCCGCCCAGAGCGUCAGUGACGACUUUGUGGGACACCUCUACGACAACAUCUAUCUCAUCGGCCACGUGGCGGCCUAGCUACGCGUUAACGCUAACACUGGCACUGCUCACGCAAUAUACAUAUGUUGUUCUCUUUCUUGUGCACUGAGAGCAGGACGCCGUGUGUCACUUGGGGCACGACCCGCCCACCUGUGCUUCUGUCCUCCUGAGCUCUGCACCUACGAGACAUUACUUACACUACAAAACCUACUUUGUGCAACAUUUUUGCUCUCCCUUGACAGGAUUAACAGACAAAAAAAAAAAAUGUAAGCACAUUACUUAGGCGUUUUGGGGACACUCCCUACGUCUUCACACAUGUGUGUCUGUCAUCAUUAACAAGUGGUUUAUCCUUAACUAACUAAAUUCGUCCUUUUCAUCCAUUAAUAUUUGUUAAAAUUAAUGUUUAGGGUCUCUCUCUUAGCAUGCUGGGAUUUCACCGCUAAUUGUGCUUCAGAAAACAAGAUUGCUCAGGAAUCACAGAAUGUGGUUUAAAUCGAUGAAGAUUUAGAUUAGUCUAGAAUACCGUUAUUCACCGCUGACAUCUAAUGAAGAAUGUUCCAGACAGGACACACACCAACCUCGUCUGCUUUCAUCUUGUUACCCUUAUAAAUCUUGUACUUCCCCCCCCCCCCAUUUUGUUACUGUGCUCCGACCUAAAGGUCGUCCCAUCGGCGUAUGGACGCCAGCCCCCUCUCGACAGCUGUCGUGUCCUUGCUCACCUCACCUGGCAACCCGUCCCGGCACUGCCCUCAGGCUGAAUUUACCGCGAUUUUGAAACGCGGGUUAGCGAUUAGCCGGUCUCUACAUGGAACUUGGGGUGGGGGUGAGGGGCGCAAAUGAAGAGGUAAGCACGUGCGUUCCUGCGACGCCGCGCAUCUGACAUACCCGUCCAAGCCAUCGCCGUGGAGAUCUUGCUCCGUUGCCGUGGAGAUCUUAUACUGUCGCUGGCGUGUUGCACAUCAAAGUGCCAAUAGAACAGAAACUGACAUCAGAAGCAAGUGUCCUGUUUGAGAAGUUUCCUUUGCAAUGAAUUAAACCCUGACUAUUUUGUUUGCACAUUAUGUAUAUAUUUAAGUAUAGAGAUUUAUGAACAUAAUUUUAUUUUGAAGUAUUUUAACAAGAGAUUUAGUUUUCUCAAUGAAUUUUCUUUUUGCACUUUUGCAACAUUGGUUACCAUAUUUUAGCACUUGCUAAACUGCAUGUUAAUCCUUCCUAACGUUGUUUUAUAUUUGCAUUUACUAUUGAUGUAUUAAAAUAAGAUUAUAAGGAUAGGAUAUGGGGAAGGGGAUACCAUGUUAUCAAACCAGGAAGAGAGGUUGCCAUGGUGACAGGCAGCACUACAGGAACACGGCCUAUUGGUUGAUCUGAUUUUAUGUUAAAAUCUGCUGUUAUAAACAGGAUCACUUUAUAUUGUGAGCCCUUUCUGUCUGAUGUACUUCAUUUUAAUGGAACAGCAAAUAGUUAGAGGGGUGCUUUCUGAUUUCUGACACUGGAAUAAAACGCUUUUUAGAUUGUAUGAAAAUUUAUUGCGAUAAAACCAGUCUCCCAUGAAAGAGA